AUGUAUGGAAAUCAUAGAUUUACCCCAGAUUCCAAAGAGUUCGAUGCUGUUGUCAAAAGUAAGGACUUUUCCACCAGCAGCAAUCCCUAUCAGACUCCUCCUUCGGAGACUAGCAGCACCCAGCAUCAAACGAAUUGCAUCAAGAGAAAGACUAAUCUAGCAACUAUUAUAUCGGAAUUCUUGUCCGAGAUCAGUCGGCCUCUCUCAAAUGGAAAAAUCAAUAACUCGUCGCAGAACAUAUUGAAAUUUUUGAACGAAGUAUUCAAGAGAUCUAAGUGCAGCAAAGAGAAUGCUGUGCUUGCAACUUUUUAUUUUCAAAGGAUAUACCAAUCUCACAAAGCCGGCAAUGAAAGUUCGUUGCCUGAAUUUUCACUCUGUUCCAAGAGAAUUUUUCUUUGUUGUCUUAUUCUAUCGCAUAAAUUUUUGAACGAUAAUACCUAUUCGAUGAAAAAUUGGCAAAUUAUAAGCGGGCUCCAUGCCAAGGAUUUAUCUUUCAUGGAAAGAUGGUGUCUUGGCAGACUGGACUACGAGUUGGCCGUUUCGUACAACGAUCUUUCGAUGUGGGAAACAAGGACUUUAAUGAAAAGGAGGUUCUAUGGCACCAACAACCCGGUAAAGAGACCUAGAGAAUCCGAUCACGGUUGUGAUACUUCCUCUAGAAAACUAGUUAAAUUUUGUUGA